AUGACCUUACGUCAAAAGCCGUUACAUAAACGUACACCAAGUCAGACAGAUCUUGCAGCAUUUAAAGAUUUAACAAAAAAAGAUGCAUUAAAUACACUACAGAAAGAAUUGAAUAAAUUAGUAUUAACAGCUCCACCGCAAACACAAAAAACCGUUCGAACAGAAUUAGAUGGUUUUGAAAAAUUAUUUAGUCAAUAUUUACUUGAUAAUGUUGAUUCGGGUAUCGACUGGCAAGAAAUUGAACCACCUCCAGAAGGAACAGUUAUUCCAUACAAAAAACUAUUAGAAUUACCAACAGACGAUGUUAAAGAUAUUCUAAAUCGAUUGAUUGUUGUUAAAUUAAAUGGUGGUUUAGGUACAACAAUGGGUUGUCAAGGACCAAAAAGUGUGAUAUCAGUUAGAAGUGGAUUAACAUUUUUAGAUUUAACAAUUCAACAGUUAGAACAACUAAAUCGUACCUAUGGCUGUGAUGUACCGCUGAUAUUAAUGAAUUCGUUUAAUACACACGAAGAAACAGAAAAAGUAUUACAAAAAUAUUUUCAUGUCAGUGUUAAAAUAUACAAUUUUAAUCAAUCCAAACAUCCACGUAUUGAUCGUGAAACAAUGUUACCAAUAGCAAAAAGUAUUACAAAUUCUGAAAAUGAAUGUUGGUAUCCACCAGGUCACGGUGAUGUGUAUCUGUCAUUUUAUCAAUCGGGUCUAUUAGAUCAGUUUAUUCAACAAGGAAAAGAGUAUAUGUUCUUGUCAAAUAUUGAUAAUUUGGGUGCAACAAUUGAUUUAUAUAUAUUGAAAUAUUUAUUAUCAAGUGAAAUAAAACACGAAUUUGUCAUGGAAGUUACAGAUAAAACACGUGCUGAUGUCAAAGGUGGUACACUCAUUCAAUAUCAGGACAAAUUACGACUUCUUGAAAUAGCUCAAGUUCCAAAAGAGCAUGUUGAUGAAUUCAAAAGUGUAAGCAAAUUUAGAAUAUUCAAUACGAAUAAUCUUUGGAUCAAUUUACCGGCUAUUAAACGUGUUAUUGAAGAACAAGCGUUACAUAUGGAAAUUAUUGUCAAUAAUAAAACAACAGAUAAAGGUGUUAAUGUAAUACAAUUAGAAACGGCAAGUGGUGCAGCAAUAAAAAAUUUUGAAGGAGCAAUUGGCAUUAAUGUGCCAAGACGACGAUUUUUACCGGUUAAAACAACAUCUGAUUUACUAUUAGUGAUGAGCGAUUUGUUUACAUUAAAUCGUGGUAAUUUGGUAAUGAAUCCACAACGUUCAUUUCCUUCCGUGCCAUUAGUUAAAUUAGGCAGUAGUUUUACAAAAGGUACGGUUAUUAUUAUUGCGAAUCAUGGUGAACGUAUUGACAUACCUCAAGGUGCCAUACUUGAAAAUAAAAUUGUAUCUGGAAAUUUACGUAUAUUAGACCAUUAA